GAAGAAGAAGGAAACGAAGAAGAAGAAAUACGUCGCUUUGCCUUCUAGUACGCACCAUAGAAAUAAAAGUCUGCAAGCUUUUAAAACAACUUCACGAAGAAGACAUGACUGUGCAAUUGACACGGGGGGCAGUUGAAGCCCUCUUCAAAGGAUCCCAUGUAGAUAAUCCAGUGCUGCAGUUACUGAACAUCCGUGAGAUCCAGAGUGCCACUGGCCUAACCAGGUACCGCCUUAUGAUGAGUGAUGGUCAGCACUUCUUGUCAUCGUUCCUGCUGGCUACCCAGUUGAACCAUUUGGCAGAAAAUGACAUCCUUCUACCACAGUGUGUGUGUUUGUUAAAGAAAACCACCACUAGCACUUUGUCAGAUGGCCGGCAUGUGGUGGUGGUUGUGGAUAUGGAGGUGAUGAAGUCUGCAGCAGAAGCUGGAGGAAAGAUUGGAAAUCCCACCCAAUAUUCAACAGAUGGUAAGCUGUCAUCAGCCACCUCUGCACCAGCGUCCACUUCAGCCGCUGAGGUACCUGGACCCUCCAGCACCAACGGCAACAGAGGCUGGGGAACAGGUUAUGCGGGAAGAGGGUUCACGGGAAAAGCCCCCAUGAAAGGCUCACCCAUGAAGACCUCACCCAUGAAAGGCUCACCCAUGAAAACCUCACCCAUGAAAGGCUCACCCAUGAAGACCUCGCCCAUGAAGACCUCGCCCAUGAAAGGCUCACCCAUGAAAGGCUCACCCAUGAAAGGCUCACCCAUGAAAGGCUCACCCAUGAAAGGCACUGCCAGCUCAUCAGAUUCUAUCCCAAACGUGAUUCCCAUUGCUGCCCUCAACCCAUAUUCCAGCAAGUGGACUAUCAGAGCCAGAGUCACAAACAAAUCCAGCAUCCGUAACUGGAGUAACUCCAGAGGGGAGGGCAAGCUCUUCUCCUUUGAGAUAGUGGAUGAGAGUGGAGAAAUCAAAAUCACAGCCUUCAACAACGAAGUUGACAAGUAUUUUUCUCUGGUGGAGCAAGGCAAGGUGUACUACAUCUCAAAGGCUACUCUAAAGAUAGCCAACAAACAGUACACCACACUGAAGAACGACUACGAGAUAACCCUCCAUGCUCAUUCAUCUAUUGUGCCAUGUGAGGACAGCCAGGGCAUCCCAACAGUGCAGUGUGACUUUGUGCCCAUUGGAGAGCUGGAACAACGAGACAAUGAUGCCAUCAUUGAUAUAAUUGGAGUGUGCAAGAGUGCAGAGGAUGUAUCCCGUAUCACCACUAAGAGCAACAGAGAAGUCUCCAAGAGGGCCAUCAACCUAAUAGACACCACUGGCAAAGAGGUGACAGUCACACUGUGGGGAGAAGAGGCGGAGAAGUUUGACGACUCAAGACAGCCUGUUGUUGCCAUCAAAGGAGCUCGCUUGUCUGAUUUUAGGGGCAGAUCUCUCUCUGCUUUGUUCAGUUCAACGAUCAUGGUCAACCCAGAUAUUCCCGAAGCCUUCAGACUCAGGGCCUGUCAUGCAGUUUACAGCCAGUCACUAACGGAGACCAUGUCAGUCAGCAUUGGAUCAAGGAUGAACUGGAGAACGCUGAGCGAAGUUAAGAGUGAAAACAUGGGACAUGGAGAGAAGGCGGAGUAUUUUAGCUGCGUGGCGACAGUAGUAUACAUGCGUAAAGAGAACUGUUUGUACCAAGCCUGUCCAUCUGCGGACUGCAACAAGAAGGUCAUCGACCAAGAGAACGGUUAUUACCGCUGCGGGAAGUGUAACAGAGAGUACCCCAACUUCAAAUAUAGACUCCUACUUUCAGCUAACUUGGCCGACUUCGGGGAUAACCAGUGGGUGACAUGCUUCCAGGAGACAGCCGAGGUCCUGCUGGGUCGCAGGGCAGAAGAGCUGGGACAGCUCAGAGAAACAGACGAGGCUGAGUUUGAAAAAGUUUUCCAGAAAGUCAACUUCACAACCCACAUCUUUAAAAACCGGGUCAAGUUGGAGACGUACAAUGACGAGUGUCGAGUGAAAGUGACGGUGAUGGAGGUGCUUCCUGUCAACCACAGAGAAUACAGCAGGAGGCUCAUCAGUAACAUCCAUAAAUUGGCACGCUGAGAUUUGGUUCCUGUCACCCAAAUGGCUGCCUGAUAAUUACUCGUGUCUACGUUUGAUUUCUGACUGGUGUGGGACUUUUUCCAACUUUGAGACAAUAUAUCUGAUAGAGGGGCAGUUUGUGAAAUGACAGCUGAGA